AUGUCGAUCAUCGCGAGGGAGAUGAUGCUGAACGUGAUGAUGUUGUUCAGGCAAGGAAGUCGCGCUCGAGGAGACGCGGGGUUCGUCACGAGCGCACGUGACUACGUGUCAAAUCCGGCCUCCGAGAAGGUCCCUGCGAAGCAUUCCAGUUCUCUCCAAACACGACAUCGACAUCAACCAACAUCCGUCUUCAUCAUGCCUCGCGCUAUAGCAGGCGUCCUCGUCAAGUGCGAUCCCUCCAUCAAAGCCAUCAUCCAGAGAAUCAACGACCAGAACAAUCACGAUAUCAUCAUUGAGGACAUCGACGAUGAGCACAUGCUAAUCAAAAACAAUCGCCAUGAUGAUCUGAAGCGGAUGCUGAAGGAGGCCCUCAAAGACACAGUGCGAGAAGCCGAAGAGAGUUCUGGCGAAGAAGCUUAA